CAGUUGUUAUCACUGAGCUUCAAUAGGAAUCUUCACUUGAGCCUUCUGGCGCUUCAGAGUACAUCGAGUUCAAACCACCGCCCUUCAUCACAACCUCGCCAUGGAACAAGGAACUCCAAGCAUGACCGGGAGUGAGACUCCUAGUAAAAAGGGGAAGGUCGCACUCCCAGCGAGUUGCGAUCCACCACAGCCUGGCGUACCACGGAAGCCCCUUGUUUGGAUCGUCUUCGGCGGCACCGGCCAAAUUGGCCGUUCCCUGGUCAAGAGCUGCCUCAACCACGGCGACUUGGUCACCAUCGUAGGCCGCAUCUUCGAGUCCACGCGGGAGCAGAUGGCUGCGGCGCACCUGCACCACCCGCAAGCAGAGAACGCCUUCGGCACUCUAUGCGACGUGCGCGACUACGCCUCGGUCAACCGGGUCAUUGAUCAGACGCUCGACCGGUUCGGGCGCAUCGACUGCAUCGCCAACUGCUCCGGCUACGGCGUCAUCGGCGCGUGCGAGGAUCAGGACGAGCACGAGAUCCGCAACCAGUUCGAGACGAACUUUAUGGGCACCGUGCACAUCAUCCAGGCCAGCCUGCCCUAUUUCCGCGAGUCAGGGCACGGCGGGCGGUACAUCAUUUUCAGCUCUACGUCUGGGGCGCUAGGCGUGCCGGGUCUGGGACCCUAUUGUGCGACCAAGUAUGCGGUGGAAGGCCUGAUCGAGGCGAUGCUCUACGAGGUCGACGCGUUCAACAUCAAGGCCACCCUCGUCGAACCGGGGUUGGUAAGGAGAGACGAGGCUGAUACAUCUAUGGUGCCCCGCUGGGGCCAUUUCUUGAUCAAGCCGGCCAGUGAACCGUACUCACAUGCGACGUCGCCGGCGCUGCAUGCGAAAAGGAUGGUGCAGUGGUUAGGCGAUAAGCAGCCGACCAGUGCCCAGAAGUGCGCGGACUUGGUGUGGCAGCUGGGCCACUGCUCGUACCCGCCGCUGAGGUUGCUGUUGGGCAGUUAUGCGAUUGAGAGUAUCCGGGACCGGUUACGGUCAGUAACGGAGGAGCUGGAGGACUGGAAGCACCUGCAUUUUCCGGUGGCGCCGGAGCCGGGGAGUAGCGGGGAGAAUAGGGGUGAGGACGGCGAAAACAAGGGGAGUGAUAAUGUCGACAGAGACCAGGACAUGGAGAUGGAGGUUGAGACGUCUCCUACUAGCACCAAGGAAUAAUCACGGUUCGGUCAUGAUGGGCGCCUCAGCCUCCUGAAACAUUGGACUACAAGACGCUUUCUGCCCGCUCCGAAGUUGCCGGCUGCAGCCUGCAGGCACUAUAUAACGUCUCUCAUCUGACCCCUUCACCACAACGGGCUCUGCUGUGCCGGUCUCAUGGCGCAGCGGUUCCGUUCCGUUGAUGAAAACAUUGCCGGGUGCGCGGUACUCGUGGCAUGGUUUUCGUACGUCGCAGCUGGAGCACUGUGGUUCGUUCCACUAGCUUACCUGGGCGACCGAGCUUUUUGCAAUUUCCAUCGA